GUAAACACUGGGAGUCUCAGUGUUUUUGACCUUGGAUAAGAAAUGUCUUAUACUUAAGAGAUUAAAAUGUCGGCGUUAUGGAAAUUGUCAGCUCCACUGUCACCCACGAAGGACUCCAGCCAAGCCCUGGAGUUAGUGAGAUGCAUUGGGAAGGCCAUGCAUACGACAGAUUCUGGAAUCACAGGAGUGAAUAUGGAGAAUAGCGAAUUUGCUAAACUGACGAAAAAACAGACAAAAAGUUCAAUAAGAAGUAAGCCUGGGAAUCUCAGACCAAAACGGUCAAACGAAAGUAUGUCUCAGCUUGCAGUCUAUCCAAGGCUGGGGACGGUGAAUGCAGAGAAAUGGUGGAGCACUGAAAUGUCAGGGUGGGAUUUGUCUGAGAGGACAAAAAGCUGCCACAGAUUUAAAUCCCCAUCACGGAGACCCAGCCCAGCAUUCUGGGCUUCCCAUGCAUCCCGGGUCACCACUGCCCGGACUCAGCAUUCCCAGGAUUCAAAGGCUAGUAGGCUGCGGAACAGCAUGAAGCAUGAAAACUAUCAAUCCAGCGGGGGCAGCACCGAGCCAUUAAACCAGCCAAUGCAGAGCAGAAAAAUCCCACUGAAGAGAAGGACAUUAUGUUUGAAAACUUCAAUCACAGCGGGCUUACAUGGUCCGUGCAUAUUGCAGUGCGUUGGCUUUGCUCCAGGGCGGGGUGAUGCUGGGCUGGAGAAGAGCUGCAGCAGUGACAUGAAUUCCCAGCAUUUCGGCAUUUUCACAAGGGGACGCUGCAGGACCCGACAUGGAGAUUCAUCCUUAUUGAAAGAGACCAAGCAGUCCGGCUCACUACCACCUGGAAGCCACACAGAAAUCUUCCUGCUAAAUUCCGAAAAUGCCACAUGAGGAAAAAUGCAAGGUACACAUCUGAAAAGUAAGAAUUUAGAUAAUCCAGAUAAUAAUGUCACUGUCGUGCAGCUAAUAAAGGUUGUUCAUAUGAUUUUUUUUUUCCAUAAUCACUUUAAUCGCAUAUAUUCUGCAGUCUAUUUACAAAAUAAAUGUAUAUGUUAGUCCUAGUUCCUAUUUCAUCAUUUUCCUUUGGUUAUCCUUUGUUAAGGAACAAAUCAUUUAUAUGUGAAAUAUUUGUUUUCCUGGUUUAUCAAAAAUAAAUAAAAUGAG